AUGUCUCGAAGCUUCCUGGUGGAUUCUUUAAUCGGCAACAACUCGCCGCCCUCGUACCCGCUGCCGUACUACGGUAGCCAGCUGCCUAAUUACAUGUUCAAUUUUUUCAAUCUCGGAUUGAGUUAUCAACCGAUCAGACCGGUGCCCAGACCGCCAGCUAUGCCGGUGCCGAUUAGCCCGCCCGCUCUAGGAGUGUUGUCGAUACCCGGACAAAGUCCUCCGUCGCCUCUAAAUACUUCGACCAGUAGACUAUCAGACGUUUCAGCACCCAGCGAGUCCCCGUCCCGCAAUAGCACUCCGACUCCUCCACCGAAGUCUCCGGGUUCCAUCAGUAACAGCUCGAAGCGCAUCCGGACCGCGUUCACCAGCACUCAGCUCUUGGAAUUGGAACGCGAGUUCGCCUCGAACAUGUAUCUGUCGCGGUUGCGUCGGAUCGAGAUUGCAACGAAUCUGCGACUGUCGGAGAAGCAGGUGAAGAUCUGGUUUCAGAAUCGUCGCGUAAAAUACAAGAAGGAGGAUCUGCCGUCCGGUCAGAGUCAGAAGUGUUGCUGCCUAAGAACCUGCGGCAAACGGAAGGACAGCUGCGGCGAGGAUUCGCCCGGCCGAAAAUGCGAACAGGAGCAAGAGGACGUGAAGAGAUCUCCGAAGAAUGAGAGCAACGACGAGCGAGUCGAAGCCGAGCACUUCGAGCGAUCGAUCGCUAAUAAAGACGCUCUUCGCUUCGAAGAGAAGUCUUCGGACUUUACGAGAAGAAACUCCGCGCAAGACAGAGCAAUUGGAUACGAAGCGCGAGAUUUCUCUCGAGGUUGCAAGCGGAGUUUGUCGGACGCGAGCGAGGAAGAUGUCAAGAGAAGGAAGAUGGAAGUAGCAACAGAUUAUCAGACUACGAAUUCGGAGGCGAUUACAACUCCGAUCUUCAGAAGCAUAGGAUGCACGAAAUACACCGUUGAGAGAAUCGUUAACUCGUAA